AAGCCCUAAAACCCUAAACCUAAAAAUGCGUCUUUUAGGAAGCCCUUUUCCGUGGUUUUGCUGUAAAUUGGAGUAGUAUCAGUCUCUCUAACCUCGACACCGGUUCUGCACUUUGUUUUACACAAUGAGGCCCCCAAGAGGUGGAGGACGUGGUGGUGGUGGCGGAUUUCGUGGUCGUGGUGAUGGAGGCGGUGGGAGAGGUAGAGGGAGGGGUGGUCCUGGGGGGGACCGUGGUGGUCGGGGGCGGGGUGGCGGAGCCCGUGGUGGACGUGGGGGACGUGGUCGAGGCUCAAUGAGAGGAGGCCUUAAAGUUGUGGUCGAGCCUCAUCGCCAUGACGGGGUCUUUAUUGCCAAGGGUAAGGAAGAUGCCUUGGUUACAAAGAACAUGGUCACUGGAGAGUCGGUCUAUGGUGAGAAAAGAAUUGCUGUUCAGAAUGAAGAUGGAACAAAAGUUGAAUAUAGAGUGUGGAACCCAUUCAGGUCAAAACUGGCAGCAGCAAUACUCAGUGGUGUCGACAAUAUAUGGAUUUCUCCUGGAUCCCGUGUUCUUUACCUUGGAGCUGCUUCUGGGACAACAGUCUCUCAUGUUUCUGAUUUAGUUGGACCGAAUGGAAUUGUCUAUGCUGUUGAAUUUUCCAAUCGAAGUGGUAGAGACUUAGUCAACAUGGCUAAGAAGCGAACAAAUGUCAUACCGAUCAUAGAGGACGCUAGACAUCCAUCUAGAUAUCGUAUGUUGGUUGGCAUGGUUGAUGUCAUAUUUUCUGAUGUUGCUCAACCAGACCAGGCUAGGAUUUUGGGGCUCAAUGCCUCAUAUUUCCUGAAAAAUGAAGGUUAUUUUGUGAUAUCAAUCAAGGCAAAUUGCAUUGAUUCAACAGUACCCGCAGAAGCUGUUUUCGUCCAGGAAGUACGUAAAUUGAAGGAGGAGAAGUUCAAACCAAUGGAACAGGUCACGUUAGAGCCCUUCGAACGAGACCAUGCUUGUGUGGUUGGUGCUUAUCGGGUGCCGAAGAAAGAGAAACCCGGUAAUGCAGCUUAGCCCCAAAAACGAACCUCAUUUCACAAUCAACUCUCUGGUCUUCUCUUAUGGUGUUGAUCUGAUCCUUUUUUGUAAUGUCGAGAUCAUACUGUCAGAUGUUUAAGAAGGCCACAAUUGAAUUAGAGAGGCAGGCUCAUUUUUUUUUUGCUGUUCUUUUGUUUAUAACUUCAAUUUGAAUUUUAGGCUGGAUUUAGGAGAAAGUAGACAUUUUCAUUGCUCCAUUGGUA